AUGGAUAGAGAACAAGAUGAGUUGCAGUUCCUUAGUCUCUUUGGCAUCUACAGAGAAUCCUACAAGAUUGUAUACAAAUGGAGAAAAAUCUUCAGCCAAAUUACCUUGACCUUGAUCCUCCCUUUGAGCUUCAUCUUCUUGGCUGACAUGGAAGUCUCCAACAUCCUCUUCUUCAGGAUCAUCCACAGCGAAAGCGCCUUGGACAAAACGAUACCAGACACCGCUCGCUACAAGAGAAUAAAUGACGUCCUCACCAAAGAAAGGGCAACCUUCUGGCUCUUCAAGGCUGCUUACUUCACUUCCAUGCUCAUCUUCAGCCUCCUCUCCACCUCCGCCGUGGUGUACACCAUCGCAUGCGUAUACACCGCCCGGGAAAUCACCUUCCGGAAGAUCAUGAGCGUCGUUCCAAGGGUCUGGAAGCGCGUGAUGAUCACCUUCUUGUGCACCGUCCUGGCUUUCUUGCUCUACAACAUAGUGGCAGUAGUAGUCGGAAUUGUUUGCUUAGCUCUCUUAUACAGCAACAGCGGAGACGGCGGCCUCGCCUUCUUCAUAACUUUUAUCUUUUUAUUGAUCUUGUACGCUAUUGGGUUCGUGUACAUGACCAUAAUCUGGCAACUGGCUAGCGUUGUCUCGGUGUUGGAAGAAACGAAAGGGAUCAAAGCCAUGAUCAAGAGCAAGAAGCUACUCAGAGGGAACAUGUGGGUGGCCUCAAUCAUCUUCUUCAAGAUCGUUGCUUUAGCCUACGUUAUUCAGUUUUCAUUUCAAGCAUUGGUUGUGGAUGGAUGGGUGUUUGGGAUAAUGGGCAGGAUAGGCUUCGGUGUUCUCUUAUUGUUGCUGCUGCUUAAGUUGAUUCUGUUUCUGCUGGUCAUCCAAACGGUGCUUUACUUCGUCUGCAAAUCUUACCACCAUGAAAACAUCGACAAGUCGGCCCUGUCGUAUCACCUCGAGGUUAUUUAUCUGGGAGACUAUGUUCCUCUGAAGUCUAAGGAUGUUCAGCUCGAGCAGGUUUAA